GAUUCACUGAUUUGACGCUGACUGACGUGGGCGGGCUCCUCUUAGAAAAUUAUAAGGUCAUUUGAAUUACGCCUGCUUGUGAGCUCACCGGUUACAAUGAAUCGAAGGAUAAUAUAAAUUAUCGUGAUCCUGAUGAUGAUCGUGGGGUCAAAGUCGACGCGCAUCGCUCGGGCAUUUUCUCAGCAGCAGCAGCGGGAGGUCGUUGCGGGGUUGACGACAGGAGGAGAGCCCAGUGCGAGCGUCUGCCUGGGUGCGUUUCUCUGAAUCUCUAUCUAGCCGGAGGGAGCGACCAGACUGGCCUGUAAGCCGAUCAAGGUGGAAUCUCCCACAACGAGUUUCACGUUCGGAUCGCUGAGCACCUACAUGCUGUAGCAGUGAGAGGAAGGGGGCAAGGAUGAUGCGUCUGUCAUGUUGCACAGUCCUGCUGUUUGUGUUGAGGCUGGUGGUGGGCCUGCCUUGGUACCAGGUUCUUCCAGCCAUCCUGAUCUUUUACCUUGGAAGUGGAGGAUGGAGCUUUCUGGAUAUUGUUGCCAAAACAAUUGGCAGAGAUCUACAUGCUGCCUACGUGCUACUGCGCGUGAAGCUGAACGUCAAGCGACACGUCAGAGAGAAGAACACUCUUCCUAAGAUCUUUGCGGAAACUGUGCAGCGCCAUGGCGACAAAACUGCUCUCAUCUUUGAGGGGACCGGAGAGAGGUGGACUUUCCGACAGUUGGAUGAGUACUCCAACCGAGUGGCCAACCUGCUGCUGGAUCGUGGCUUUAAGGAAGGUGAUGUGGUGGCCCUGUUCAUGGAGAACAGAUCCCAGUAUGUGGGCCUCUGGCUGGGAAUGGCUAAAAUCGGAGUUGAAGCUGCUCUCAUCAACUUCAACUUGAGACUAGAUGCCCUGGUCCACUGUGUUACCAUCUCCAAUGCCAAGGCUGUGGUGUUUGGUUCAGAGCUUUCUGAUGCGGUGUCAGAGGUCCACAGUUCAAUGAGGAAGGCGGUUCUGAUGUUUUGCUCCGGAGACUGGGACCCCAAGCGAGUACCGCAGGGAACGGAGCGCCUGGAGCCCCUGCUGGAUGGCGCCUCGUCUCGCCUGCCUCAACGGCCAGAUCGCUGCUUCACAGAUCGGCUGUUUUAUAUCUACACAUCAGGGACCACAGGGAUGCCUAAAGCUGCCAUUGUUGUGCACAGCAGAUACUACCGCAUGGCUGCUUUGGUAUAUUACGGCUUUAGGAUGACUCCAGAUGAUGUCCUCUACGACUGUCUCCCGCUCUAUCACUCUGCAGGGAACAUUGUGGGAGUGGGACAGUGCCUAAUACACGGAAUGACUGUGGUCAUCAGAAAGAAGUUCUCUGCGUCCCGUUUCUGGGACGACUGUGUCAAAUAUAACUGCACCAUCGUGCAGUACAUCGGAGAGAUUUGUCGAUACCUACUAAACCAACCAGUUCGAGACUCUGAACGUCAGCAUCGGGUGCGCAUGGCACUGGGGAACGGCCUGCGCCAGUCCAUAUGGGAGGAGUUCAUGAAACGCUACAAUAUCCCGCAGAUUGCAGAGUUUUACGGAGCCACAGAGUGCAACUGCAGCUUGGGCAACUUUGGAAACGAGGUUGGCGCAUGUGGCUUUAACAGCCAGAUUCUACCCUUCAUCUAUCCCAUCAGGCUGGUGAGGGUUGAUGAGGAGACCAUGGAGCUCAUACGAGGACCUGAUGGUGUCUGCAUUCCUUGUAAACCUGGUGAGCCUGGCCAGCUAGUUGGGAAGAUCAUUCAGAACGAUCCCCUCCGAAGGUUUGAUGGCUACGUUAACGAAACGGCAACGAGCAAGAAGAUCGCUAACAGUGUCUUCAAGAAGGGCGAUAGCGCCUAUCUUUCUGGCGACGUUCUGAUCAUGGAUAAGUACGGCCACAUGUACUUCAAGGACCGAACAGGAGACACUUUCCGGUGGAAAGGAGAGAACGUCUCAACGACUGAGGUGGAAGGAACCUUAAGCAGGCUGCUAGAGAUGAAAGAUGUGGUGGUUUAUGGAGUAGAAAUCCCAGGAGCAGAGGGAAAGGCUGGAAUGGCAGCCAUCGCUGAUCCGUCCCAAUCCACCGACCUGGAGAAGUUGUUUAAGGACAUGGAGAAAGUUCUCCCUCCGUAUGCCAGACCCGUGUUUCUUCGCUUCCUUCCAGAAGUCAACAAGACGGGGACGUUUAAAUUCCAGAAGACAGAGUUGCGUCACGAUGGUUUUAAUCCCACUGUUGUGUCAGACAAACUGUUCUUCCUGGAUUCCAGCAGAGGGCGCUAUGUGCAGCUGGACGAAGAGCUCUACCGCUCCAUAGUGUCGGGGAAGCACAAAUUGUGACGGCCUGACAGACCACUACAUCAACUUGUGCACACACUGACAUGCAGACAUAUUUCAAUAAAGAAAAGAGGACUACAUUGCCUGCCCAGGUUAGCAGAGCAUAUACAUGGAUGCUAACGUAAGAGCCAUACGCUUUUAAAGGCCAAUGCACACACACAUACGCUCAAACCUACUUUGCUCAUUAAAGUUCUAAAAAAAAAAAUCACAAAAAAAACGAGAUAUAUGGACAGCACGCUCAAAAGGAUAUGCUCUGCUCCAUCCAUCCCGGCUGAAAUCUCCCCGGCAACCCCUCUCGCUACCUCAGCAGACAAAAAGAGAGGCACCAACCACAGAGACCAGGUUCUUUCUGGAACUUCAAACAUCCUUUCAUUGCAACACCGACCUUGAAGACCCCUUACCAAACAUGCUUUCCCAGCAAGAAAUAAGGCAAACAAGCUGCCUGGAAUCCAGAAUGCCACAACUUGCGAAUGCAGAUUUAACACAAACUUAAAAGGAUGCUGAAGAGAACUGUGAAACCAGUCCUGCAUAUGAAGUGUGCGGAACAACGAAGGGACCUUUGUGCACCUAAGUUAUCUCUGUUCAUGUUAUCAUGAUAUGUUCUAGUGAGAUUAUCUUGUGAAAGAUGGCACCUCUGCUUUUGACUUAACCUGCACAACUAGCCAGAAAGUGACAAACUGUAAUCUCUCACACCAUCUGAAGUUCAGAUUACCUGAAACAUUAGUCAUUCCGACCUCGCUGCUCUCCAAAGCAUCCGUGCAUUUCUACCAGAAGGGAACAAUUUAAGAGCAGCUGGAAGGGACGCGCAUGUUAAAUUAGACCAGUGGUUGCAGCUUUAAGGUGCAAUAACUCUCCAGCAUCUGCAGUGCAAUAAUCAGCUGCAAGCCAUCAGAACUUUGUUUUUAUUUAUUUAUUAAAAUAUGUCAGCAACAUACCAAAUACUUUAAGUUGAUGUUUACAUAUUUUAGUUGAUAGAACUAGUAUUUUAUCUUUUUUUUUUUUUUAUGCUGUAUGUCCAUCCAAAUCCAUCCUACGUUGGCAUCUGGAGUCCAUCAAAGCAAAGCUGUUGAACCCAUUUUAUAUUGGCUGCUGGAACACAAAGUAAAGCAACAGGAUAAAGUCAACCCUGGGCUAAAUAACGCAUUUCUUUUUCUGGUUUGCAUGUUGAACUCUUGUGGUUAUGUGGCCAAAUUGUGCAGGUUUUGUCUGAAUAGGUAGACUUUGCUCAUCUUGGGGUGUGUGUGUGUGUGUGUGUGUGUGUGUGCGUGUGUGUGUGUGUGUGUGUGCGUGUGUGUGUGUGUGUGUGUGUGCUGGUUUGUUUGUGUUUGUGUUCACCUAACGCAUAUGAAAACGGGCGUGACAGAAGGAUUUCCUGAUGAGUGAGAGGGGGAUUCUGCAACGUCCAGGAGAGCUGAUUGACCAAAACAAAAUUUAAAAAUGAACAGGAGCUGAAACGGAAGAAGAGAAGUCAGAAGUUUACUUAUGUUCACUAUGGUUAAUUUGGGGCUUUUUGUUAUUUAUUUAAGCUACUCAUUUUCAAGUUUGGAAUGGUUAUGCAACAUAUAACUUGAAUGAACAAGCAUUGGGUGUGCAAAUAGUUGACUGUAUGGUGGAUUGUCUAAUCAGCACAGAGUCAAAGAUAUAGCUAUAUAUACUCAUGUAACCCCAUUAAUAUUUGGUUACAUAUCCCUUUGCGAUUUUCAGCUUAAUACACACUUUCUGCAACCAUCAAUAAGAUUCUGGCAUCAUUCAGACUGAAUAUUUGACCACAUUUCAUUUAAAUUGCUUGGUUUACUGCAACUUACCCAAUUUUUAAGCUUCGUUUAUACAUUUUCUAGAAGGCUGAGGUUUGGACUAGGGGAAGGCACAGUGGUGGCAGUAUCAUGCUUGGACAAAGAAAAUUAAGCUCUGGUUCACAGAUUAUCAAAUGUAGAUGCUUAAAAAGUUGGACUCCAUUGAGUAUAACCAUGCCAGAAGUUUGUUGAUGGCAGCAAUAAGCAUAUAUUUGAAUCUGUCAAAUUUUGACCUGGCGACAUUUGAAUCUAAUUCUUGUUUCUAAAAAUGAUUAAACAACAGAGCAGUUCAAAUAAAAAGCCAUCAAAAGUUAAUGUAAUUUGAUCCCAUGAUGAUUGCAUGUAAACAUCUGACCAGAACUGUUCUUCCUAGUCAAUGUUGCUGUCCAUCGCUUUGAACGAGCAUCAUGGACGCGCGCAGAGCACUGUGCCUUACUGCGAGUUCACCUCUCAGACACACAGGCCCUGGCUCUCUUCUUAAUCUGACGUUUCAGCAUUUCUUUCUUAUUUCAGUCUUUUCUCCAUCAUAGCAACUUGACUACAUAGGAUCAUGAGAUUUCCUUAAGUUCUGCAAAAACCAAGUGGUUAGCGUCUUCGUCCUGCCAGGAGCAGGAAGAAUUUAUCUCCUAAGACACUCCUUUAAGAUUUUUUUUUUUCCUACCUUCAACUUUAUUUGUGUUUGCAGUGUUCAUUUACCGCCCCACCUUCAAAUAGCCGCGCCUUGUUUUCUGCUUCCUGUCCACUCUGUCCCAGUUGAGCUCGCGUUGUCUCAGACGUUGAUUAAAAAUCGUCCCGGAUAUGAUUGGCUUGUUCAUGAAUUCUGGCGACAUUUAGCUUCACCUAAAAACAAAUUUUUGAGAAGCUUUUUUUUUUUUUUUUUUUUUUUGCUCAUUUGAGUUCUCUGCUGUUGCUCUGUAACCCUUGACCUUACAUUGCAUCCUGCAGUCACAUGCAGUACACCAAAGCAGGAUGUUAUUGUUUUCAAGAUGCUGAUGCUGCAAUCAUUGAAGCAUGUUUUCUUGGUUCAUACAUUGCAUUUACUGACAUAGGAAAUAUUCUGUCAUUUUUUUUUCACCCAUUGUUUCCUCAUCGGGUGAAAAAGUCCAACGGAGACGUUCACGAGGUCCAGCUUCGUUCCAGUUUCGUUCCAGCCUCCUUUGUCUCUUUCGCUACUGAGUUUAUUCUUUAAUGAUGAGUGUAAAAUGUUCACAAGAAUGUGUUUGGGAGGGUGACAAAAAUGAACAAAUGACUGAUUUGUUGUUGUGAGGUGAAGUGUAAUUUGUGUGUCUAAGGUUUGGCUGUUAUGAUGCUUCUGAUUGGUGGUGGUUGCAUUUGUCAAUUCAUACCACCAGGGGGCGAGUGAUUAAACAGCCCCACAGCACUGCACUCUGAAGAAGAUGUCUUUUUUUUUUUUAUAAAUAUAUAUUUUAAAAUUAGCUUAAAUUAUUUUAUUUUUGGAAGCCUGUCAAUUAUUCUUUGAUCCACUGCUUUUUGUUUGUUUUUGUGUGAAAUUAUAACUUUGUGAUUGUGUGGUCUAAAAGGGGUUUUGUGCUUGGAUGACAAUCGAGUGAGCGGUUUAAAUUUGAUCUCACCUCUGAGAUGCACAAGGAAGGACAGGAAAAUAAUUACUUGCAGUCUGUUUAAUUUGCCAUCUCCGUGUUGGAAAAAUACUGAUGGAAAUUAGAGAUGCGGCGUUUCCUUAACACUACAAUUAAUAUAAGUAUAAUUGGUCAAAAUAAAUCUUACAAAAUAAACUUUAUUGUUAAAAUUUCCCUUAGAGAGUUUUGGGUUUGACAACUACAUCCAAAUUUCUAAGGUUACAUUUUAUUUUCCCAUUACUUUCGUGUUUUGUAGAACACAGCACUUCAGUCAAUUAAACCAUAACUUUGUAAGUUAUAAAAUGUCAGAAAGCCUCAGAAGAAACCAUUUCCAACAUAAACUAAUUGGUCAAGAUUACUAGAGUCUCUGUGGAUUCACUAUUAAGUUGGAUACAAUAAAGUUGAGUUAAACUUUGCUGAUGAAACAUGUUCUUAUGAUGCAUCUGUGUCCUCAAUGUCUCAUCCUGGUUUUUGCACAUUUCCCCCCCGUUCAUUAUGGUGUUAGUAAAUCUGCCUCUCUCUGUUUCUGUUGCUUUUGUUUUACUGUGUUGUUGCACUGCAGCAGUUCUCAACCUGUGCAGAGUGUGUAGACGAGGUCUCAGAGGUGUGUGAGACACACACACACACACACAGUUUCCCUCCUACCCACACAAGGCUAGUUGUGCACAUACUGUAUUAAAGGAAAGGGAGAUAAAUGCAGUGCUGCCAAUGGAAAAAUAAUUAUUAAUAAAACUAUUUACAUUGUUC